ACCAGCAACCCAGCAACUUCUUUUCUCUUACUGUAGCUGUGAUUGUGGUUGCUGUUCACCUUUUCAUCUUCUUUUCACUCACCUUUACCCUUGCCCUUACUCUCUACUCCUCACACUCUCUUAUCCUACUUCUUACUCACCAACCUCUCUACCUGGGAAUGGGACACAAACUAACAAGAAAUGUUCGACAAUAGCAAACCUACCAAUGGCCUCAGCAUGACCUAUGCAACCGCUGCUCCCGCCACUGCUGGUGGCAUGCAAAACGGUCCGCCCGUGUGCCAGAACUGCACCACCAGCACAACCCCCCUCUGGCGACGCGACGAGUCUGGCUCCGUCCUCUGCAAUGCCUGUGGUCUCUUCCUCAAGCUACAUGGCCGUCCACGCCCCAUCUCUCUCAAGACAGAUGUCAUCAAAAGCCGCAAUCGCGUCAAGACUGGCGGGCCCGGUGGCCGUAGAAAGCCCGGCGAAGCAAAUGGCCUUCCCGCCGCUCACCCCGACGCCGAUGGCUCCAUGGCUCUAGCCCAGCACCGACGAGCCUCUGGCAAGAUCUCCUCCGGUCUUUCCGAUCGCUCGCAGUCUCCCAUCUCUCGCACCGGCACUCCUGGCUUCGGCGGCGCCUCCAACAUUGCUCCCCAGCACAUGUUCGAUGGCGCUUUGAGCAGCGACUUCCACUCUCCCUCGCUGCCUGGCUUCACCCUUCGACACCCUUCGCCCUCUGCCACCUCCUCCAUCAACGGUUCUCACCUCGAACCCCCUCUGCCAUACGAUGUCCUCGCACAACAUAAUACUUCCUUGCGCACACGUGUCAGCGAGCUCGAGGUCAUCAAUGAUCUCUUCCGUGGUCGCGUGACGGAGCUCGAAGCCAGCGAGCAAGAAGCUCGGCGGUUGGAGAGCUCCGCGCGGGCAGAAUUAGAAGAGUCGCGGCAGCGCGAGGCGGAACUCAAGCGGCGUCUCGAGGAGAUUGAGAGCGAAGGCCCGAAACAUAAGAAGAUGCGGCUCAGCGAUAUCGUUGACGAGAGCAGAGCAGGCACACCGAUCAGCUCGCUCGGUGACUAAUUGUUCCGGUUCGUUCGUCGGCACGGUGCGCUUUUUUGCUUGUACUCGACUUUAACUUAAUGACACCUUAUGCACGCGGGAUCGAACGAUGAAGGAUCUGGCAUUGCCACUUCCUGUACUCCCUUUAUUGCUUUCAUAUCUGCUCAACAUCAGCAUUCACCGAGAAAAUAUCCAGACCUCUCUCUGUUCUGCGUCUUGACGCCAGGAAGAACGAUAGGGGUGAAACAAAAAUCAACGAUGGCCUGGUAGUAGGAGCCAAGUUUACUAAUGUCUGAAUCUUUGAACGGUCUGGUGGACCGUGUUCUGUGCGGUGGGAGCGGUGUACUCUAAUAUUUCUUCACUUCUUUG